AUGUAUGGGCUUGCAUUGGUAUAUAAUGCAGAGAUUGAAAACUGGAUGGAUGAAGAACAAAUGGGAUCAGAUGACCAUAAAGUCGAAGAAGAUUUCUUUUACAAGGCUCAGCGACUUAUUUCACCUAAAAGCGUAUAUCAAUUAAAUUGGAACUAUUAUCUUCAAAAUACCAAACAGGAUAUUCAAUCAGGUCUUCGUUAUGCAAUUACACAAUGGGAAGGAGAACAAAAUGACGUGCUUGUCGAAUUCAAACGUAUGCGUUUAAGUGGCACUCCCGAUGAAGAUGAACGUAUACUUCAAAUACAAUUGGUCAUCGAAAGUAUUCUUGAGUACGUAUGUAAAACACAAUAUAAAUUCAAUGAUUACGAUGAAAUUGAUGAUAAAGAACUUGCACGUUUAAGUGAAAUAUUUGAAAGAGAGUAUUAUGGUUAUGUAACUGAUACUGAACUAGUUCAAGCAAUGGAUCGACUGUUGAACAUAUUCGAUGCAACGACACCACAGGAGAACAUUACCGAUUUACACAUUGCAUCUGAAACAAUAGAAUCAACAUCCACAGUUGAACGGAAUCAAGUGAAGCAAUGUCUAGAUGACGAGAGUGACGAAUAUUAUUAA